AUGCCUUAUCCCGAGGAAGCUGAGGGUUUCCAGGUCGAUAGCCCUGAAACUCAUACCAACUUCAACAAACGAUUCUUCAAGUUGAAGCCGUUUGGCGACUAUGACGUUGACAUCAAGAUCGAGGCUUGUGGUGUCUGCGGGAGUGAUCUGCACACUAUCAGCGGUGGUUGGGGAGCUCAGAAAUUCCCUCUUUGCGUUGGUCAUGAAAUCAUCGGCAGAGCGAUUCGCGUCGGACCAAAAGUCACAUUGAUCCAAGAAGGUCAGCGCGUCGGUGUUGGCGCCCAGUCAUAUUCCUGCGGCGAGUGCAAGCAAUGCAAGAACGACAACGAGACCUACUGCCCCGUCCUCAUGAUGGAUACCUACGGCUCUGAGUGGCCGCAGACUGGCAUCGUCAGCCAAGGUGGGUACUCAUCGCAUGUGCGCACUCACGAACACUGGGUAUUCCCUAUCCCCGAACAACUCGAAACAAACCUUGUCGCCCCCAUGCUAUGUGCCGGUCUGACCGCAUAUUCACCGCUGGUCCGUAACGGCGCCGGACCUGGCAAGAAGGUGGGAAUUGUGGGUUUGGGUGGAAUUGGUCACUUUGGAAUCAUGUUUGCCAAAGCCCUUGGGGCGGAAACCUGGCUAUUUCCCGGUCUCGCGCCAAGGAGGUGGAUGCACGAAAGUUGGGAGCGGAUGGAUACAUUGCUACGGCGGAGGAAGGGCUUUGAUCUGGCCAAAUAUUUGUCCCUCAUGGACGUCCAUGGUCGCUGGAUCAGCGUCGGACUUCCCGAGGAAGAAGGCCAGGUUAUCAAGGCACAGAACCUGAUCGCGAACGGAGUCUUAAUUGGAGCUAGCCACUUGGGUAGUCGGCGGGAAAUGCUGGAGAUGCUCAAGUUGGCAGCAGACAAGGGUCUACGGGGAUGGGUUGAGGAGCUGCAGAUUGGUGAGGAGGGACUCAAGGAAGCCAUGGUUCGAAUGAAGAAGGGAGAUGUUCAUUAUCGUUUUACAAUGACCGGGUACGACAAGGUGUUUGGUUGA